AUGUUGAAACACUCUCGGGUCGGAAUCGGUCUUUUGGGCGCCUCAAAGAUGUCCGUCGGCAAAUCCCACACUGACCGUCAGUGGUGGAAAGAGGCCGUGGUGUACCAAGUACGGCCUUCUAGCAUCUAUCCAGCUUCUUUCAAUGACACCAACAACGAUGGCAGGGGUGAUGUCAAUGUCGACGUUGUCUGGCUUUCUCCAAUCUAUGACAGCCCUCAAGUGGACAAUGGAUAUGAUAUCGCCGAUUACAAGAAGAUUUAUCCCCCGUAUGGCACAUUGGAAGAUGUUGACCGACUGAUUCAGGAGUUGGGCCGUCGUGGGAUGAAAUUGGUGAUGGAUUUGGUUGUUAAUCACACCUCUGAUCAGCAUCCGUGGUUUUUGGAAUCUCGCUUGUCCAAGUCAAAUCCAAAGCGUGACUGGUAUAUCUGGAGGAAGCCCAAGUAUGACGUUGAAGGAAAGCCAGGGCCGCCCAACAACUGGUAUGUGCUCCCCUUCUCUUUGAUUCGCUGUAUUUUAGUUGACACAGUGUUGAAGGAAUCAAAUUCUGGGAGAGGCGCAUUCGACGUCCGGGCUGCAGUGUACGAUAUUUUGCGCUUCUGGCUAGACCGGGGCGUCGCCGGCUUUCGGAUGGACGUGAUCAACCUCAUCUCCAAGGACCAAAGCUUUCCUGAUGCCGAGGUUGUCAUACCUGGUCAGCCGUACCAGCCGGCUACCCAACACUUCGCCAAUGGGCCAAGGUUACACGAGUUUCUUGGGGAAAUGCGGCGCGAGGCUCUUGACAAGUACGAUCAGAUGACAGUGGGCGAAAUGCCCUUCAUCUAUGAUGACAAAGAAUUCCUCAAGAUCGUGCAUCAGAAAGACGGGUUUCUGAACAUGGUCUUCCACUUUGAGCUGGUCGAUAUCGAUUCGGAGCGAGGAGAUGUCCCUGGUGAUGCUCGAAUGUCCGUGGGCAAUUGGGAUGUUUCCGACUUGCGCCAGAUUAUCUCUCGCUGGCAAAGAAUCAUGAUCGAUGGCGGUGGCUGGAACUCGCUUUACUGCGAGAAUCACGAUCAGCCUCGGUCUGUAUCGCACUAUUGUGAUGAUAGCGAUGAGUACAGAGAGUACGGGUCAAAGUUGCUUGCAAUGAUGGAGACCACCCUAAGCGGAACUCUUUUUGUCUAUCAGGGAGAGGAGCUGGGCAUGAGAAAUGUCCCGUUUGAGUGGGAACCAGAGGAGUACAAGGAUAUUGAGGUAAAUGAGAUGUAUCCUAAUGACCAAGAAAAGCUUCAAAAAGCCCGGAGAGCUCUUCGAGCCAAAGCCCGGGACAACGGUCGCACCCCCAUGCAAUGGGAUAGCAGUCCAAACGGUGGCUUUUGUCCAGAAGAGGUUACCCCUUGGAUGCGGGUGAAUGACGAUUAUCCAGUUGUCAAUGCAGCAGCACAAACAAAACCGGAAGCUACCUCGUCCGUGUACCACUUCUGGCAGAGGUUGGUGACGCUUCGGAAAGAGAAUGCUGGUGCUCUGGUCCAUGGCGGAUUUGAACUUAUCGACGAGACAAAUCCAGACGUCUUUUCGUACGUUAGGGUGGCUGACUCUGGGGAGAAAUGGGUGGUUGUUCUCAACUUCACUGGGCACUCGGCUACCUGGGAAAGUCCCAAAUGGGGACUCCAAUGGGUGGCGGGAAAUUAUGCCGAUGGUUUGGACAAGGUGCAGAGUGGUGGCACCGAUCUGGUACAUCUGAGGCCCUGGGAGGGUCUCAUCGCCAGACAACCGUGUAAUUAG